UUCUACUUAGCCUGACACUUGUACUAAACUACAAGACAUUACAGACAUUUCUUUCUGCUGCUGCAUUAUAAAGGGCUGCACAAACUUUCUGUUUGUCUUGUUUUUCCCUUCAUGUCUGCUUGUAUAGUUGGGGUAGCUGUGAUCCUGCUGACAGUUUGGUUUCAUAGUGAAAAUGACAGCUUCCUGAUAAACAUCCCUGGGAAGUGGAUGUGAACGUCUGUCUCUGGGGUCUGCUGAUAUCUAAUACUACAUUCACUUUCAUCAUCUAAUUUUCUUCAGCUUGUGUUUGACAAAAAAAAAAACAUCUGCAUAGAUUAACCAUACUGACUAGAUAUGAGCUUAAUAUCUACACAUUUCAGAUGAUAUUUCAGAUGCUUACAGACUGAGAGCCUGUUAAGCAAAAACAGGAAAUGUCAAUUUCAGGGAUAGCAGCAGUUUUGAAAUAACGUUGCCCUUAAGGUUUACAAAUCAACAAAUUUGUGUUAGGAGAUGAUCUAAAUGAGCAACACCUUCACUUUCACAUCCUGGCCUCUUUCACAUUGUGGUAAAAAGUCAGAGGCCGGAUGUGUGUCAAGGAAACAGGCUGAGUUGCUGACGUUGUCUCACUCAUGAUGAUCGAAGUUUAAAAACGGAGUGAAAUAUCAACGUCUAGUUUCUGACUCUUAGAGAAGAUUUCCUUUCCAGACCUGAAUAUUUGUUUUUCACAAACUGCCUGGAAAAAUGGUUUCCAGUUUUGUUCUGCUUGCGGCCUCCUUCACAACUUUCUUCUGCUGCGUGAGCAGCUGUGAUUACAGCUGUCAAGAUAAACCUGUGAUAACUCCAUCCAGACUGGUGGUGAAGUUCGGUGAUCCAGCCUCUGCUACAUGUGUAGCCUGUCAGCAGGCCUGUCUUCCCCUGGAUGAAAGUGUUAUUAGUAUGGAAGCUUCUCUUGGAACUCCUGACAKRAAUGGAACCARCGUGACCUGGACAGYGGACCGAAUAACUGAGUGGGAAUUAAAGCCAAAGUGCUACUAUACUAACAUAAAUGAUCAGUGUUGCGCUGAYCUGAMUGUUACUGUCUACAAACCUCCAGAAAGUGUGUCCUUCAGCUUAACCUCUGAACCUCUGACUGAGGGUUCAAAGGUCACCCUGAAGUGUGAUGUACUGAACGUCGCUCCUGUUGCAAACCUCAKUGUGACCUUUUACAGAGGUCAKACGCCUCUGGGUCAAGUGAAAAGCAACAAUAUCACAAAGSAACCAGUUAGUGAGACAUUUUCUUUGAGCUACAACACCAGAAAAGAAGAUGAUGGAGAUCAGUUCUGGUGUGAAGCGAAGCUGGAACUGGGAGCUGAAGGACCACAGCCCCCUCUAGUGGUGAAAUCAGAGGAGGUCACUGCUACAGUUUAUCAUGGACCUGAGCUGAAGGUUCCAGCUGAUCCAGCUCCAAUCAGCAUCACUAGAGGAGAACCUCUCAAUUUGACCUGCUUGGCUGAAGGAAACCCCAAACCUCGGUACAACUGGACGCUGCCGUCCAACAAAGGCCACCGCAGUGGGACYGAUCUGAAAAUCGACUCAGUUGAUUUUCAGGAUGGAGGGCAAUAUGUCUGCACCGUCAGCAACGACGUGAACUCUGUCAAUGUUACAUUUAACGUAACAGUCCAAGAAAACUUCAUUCCAUACAUAAUAGUUGGCGCAGUAAUUGGUGUGGUUGUGUUAUUGAUCGUAGCAGGAGUCAUCUACAGUUUUUAUUACAAACAGAACAAGAUGGGAAAGUACCAACUAAAAGACGUUUUCCGUUUGGGCGCAAUGCAUCCCACCACAGUUCCUCUUUGUUAGUAAAAUCAAAUCCCUGGAAGGACAAUGACAGGUUGAAGAUUUGCUGCAGUGCCUCCGAUCUGAGUCAGGUUGGCGUUGCUGCAGAUUCUCCCUUUUCCCAUCACGGACAUGAAAUACAUUCCACUUUUUGAAUGGAAGUAUUUGCUUCCUCCUAGAUGGUUUCAGUGUUGUCAGAAAGUUCCAGGAACUCUUUGCAUCUGGAAUCUGAGGGUUACAUGUUUUACACUCAGGCUGCCAGGAUUACAGUUAUUUCCUCUUGACUAUUUGUAUUUUGAUGGAUUCUUAAUGAUGAAGGAAAAGGGACACAGUCAUUGCUCAUAGGAAAUGCUUUAUACUUUGAAAUAAGCUCUCAUGCCUGAUGUGAACUUGUUCCAAUCAGUUGUUUUUUUUACAAAUACAUAGCUCAUGAUGUUAUGCACCACUUCGCAUAUUUAUUUAGUGUUUCAUUGCCUACCAUUUGCGAGCUGUCCUAUUACAUUUGUUUCUUUAUGCUCUGCUAAAAUGUACUUUAAUACGAUUGAACUCUUAAAAAGUUGUUCUCAUUUGCAUACUUUAAUGAGUUAGUCAUCAGAAAGCAACUUUUCUCAUCAAGAAUAAGUUUUUCUGUUGUUUUUUCUUUACUGUGACCACUAUAAUGCACUACAGGACUGUUGUUAUACUUUGAUUAAAUCAGCUGGCAAAAUGCCACAGACCAAGUCUGUGCAUUUAUUUAUGGCCAUAUAUAACUCUAUAAUGGUGCAAGAACAACGCUGGAAGUCACUAAAUACAUCCGGUGGGAAUUUAUCUCCCUGUCUCUGCUGAAUUUACACAUUCUCACUUCUUGUCUGUUUCUCAUUCAGAGGUCCUCAUAUCUGGAACAGAUAUGAGGAUGUUGCAAUAAAAAUGGUAACGAUGACAUGCUAAACUCACAACACCAUAUAGUGGCCUGGUGUGACAACUACAGCUGACUAGGUAUCUCGGUGGCGUGGAACUUUUUCCCAAUCAAGUUCCAAAGAUACCGGAAGUAUCCAGUCAGCGGUCUCGAGUAAAUGUAGUCUAUGUUUAGUUCAGAUGGUUAGGAUAUGAGUCUCGGCUCAGUUUCUGUCAUGUGACACAAAAUUAAUCAAAUUCAGAUUCCAUCCUUCAUAAACAGUUUUUUCUAUGAUUAGUGAAAAUUUUGCUUCCUGCUGGGUAUUUGGAACAAUUUAUGAUGCUGAUGCUUUUGUGAGCAUUCUGAUUACUGUUCUGUUAAAAAAAGUGUAUUUAAAUCUGAAUUAUUGUUAUUUGACUUGUAAGUAAUUUGAGAGGGAGUGUGAAAAGGAGAGGAUUCAUUUGAUGAAGACCAACUUCUGUGUGUAAAUCCUGAUGGUGAACUUUAACCCUCUAUUCACUUAAGUGAUUUCUGGGUCUUUCAGAGGUUGCUGUGAAUUGAAACAUUUACAUGGAUUUUCUUUUGCUUUUCAUGUGAGAAUAAUGAAUGACAAAAUAGUGUUGUAUUGAGCGGUUAUGGUAACGCAGGGUUUUAAGUUAAAGUGAAGAGAAACUUACUUCUGGAGCUUUUAACAGCUUCACACUGUUUCCUGGUGGAUGUGUCUGUGCACGAAUCUUUACAGCUUUAUUUAGAUGUGUGUAGUCAAAGUAUUCUCUGAACGUCAGUACCACUUGUGAAAUCACUGACUGCCUGUAUUUAUAACUGUUUGUGAAAAUAAUACAUAGGUCAUGCAAAUGACU